AUGCUAAGGAAAGUGUUUUUACGACAAAAAUUAUUCAAAUUAAUGGAUCACUCCUGUGAAUCUGAUGUUCCAUCAGUAAUGCAUCUAUGCACGGGAAAUGAACUAGCUUUAAACCAUCUAUUAUCGCCUUACGAAAACUCAGAAUUUAUCAAUAAAUCAGAUAAACAGAAAUUCAUUUUAGACUGCCAUCUAAACAAUGAUACUUUUAAUAUGAAAUCUGAGAUAUCCGAUCUACCAACUAGAUCAGGAAAAUUAAAUGUUGAUAACGAUAAUGAUGGUGAUCAUAGGGAAGAGUGGAAUAACCAGUGUGACUUUUUUUUAUCAGUACUUGGUUAUGCAGUUGACUUGGCAAAUGUUUGGCGAUUUCCAUAUGUAUGUUUUACUAAUGGUGGUGGCGCUUUCUUAAUUCCCUACUUUAUUGUGAUGAUUUGCAGUGCAACACCAAUGUUCUAUUUAGAAUUAAUUUUAGGCCAAAAACAUCGUCGUGGAGCUAUUUCUCUUUGGGAUAUAUGUCCUAUGUUUCGAGGUGUCGGUAUUGCUCAAGUAAUCAUAUCCUAUACAGUUGCGUUCUAUUAUAAUACAAUAUCUGCAUGGUCAUUAUACUUUUUAUUUGUAUCCAUUACUGAUAUUCUACCAUGGACCUAUUGUGAUCAACGGAGAGGCAAUAGUAUCAAUUGUGUGAAUUUCACAUAUUUACAAAGUUUAUCAAAUAUUAUUUCCAAUGACAAAAAUGAUUUAUUACAACAGAAGAAUUAUAGUCUUGCUUCAAUUGAAUAUUUUGAACGUGUUGUUCUGAAAUUACAGCAAAGUACUGGUUUAGAAGAUCUUGGACCAAUUAGAUGGCAAUUAGUAGGAUGCACAAUAUUCAUAUUUAGUAUACUAUUUGCAUCAAUGAGGAAUGGAGUGAAAACAUCGGGCAAGGUUGUGUAUGUGACUGCAUUACUUCCAUAUUUAUUGUUGGGUAUACUUUUAAUCAACGGAUUGACUCUGAAUGGUUCCUACAAUGGAAUUUGGUACUUUAUUAAACCACGAUUUGAUAAAUUAACGCAAAUGACGGUUUGGGCGAAUGCAGCUAUUCAAAUAUUUUUCUCAACUGGAGCAGGAUUCGGUGCACACAUCGCUUAUGCAACGUAUAAUCCUAAACGGUACAAUUGUUACAGAGAUUGUCUGAUCACUUCACUUGUGAAUGCUUUAACAAGUAUAUUUGCUGGAGUUACUGUAUUCGCUUAUCUUGGUUAUUUGGCUCAUCUUACACAUACUACAGUACACAAACUAUAA